AUACUUUCUUCUUUAAUCAGAACAAAUAACAAGUGUGUGUGUGUGUGUGUGUGUGUGUGCUGAACUGGCUCUCUGGCGCCUCCAGCAGCAGUUGAUUCGGUGAGAAUGUGCAGCGAGUCUUUUGUGAGCUGCUAGUCUGAAUGAAUGGAGAGGGGGAGAAGAACCGACACCGCAGCGGGGCUCCGGACCGGACCGGCGCGUGAGCUCGUCUAGAGGAAGCCCCGGCUCAGAGCUGCGGCUUUAACAGGAUUAUUAACCCUAAUCUAAUCCCGGUCCCGCACCGCGUGUCUUUAUGUUGUGAAGAACGAGAACGGAGCAGCAACAGGUUGAGUCCGACUGGCUUCCGUUCUUCUUUCUUUCCUACGGACGGAUGCGUCUUCCCGCUCCGGUUCACACCCGGACGGAGACGGUCCUGCAGCCCGAGCCCGAGCCGUCCAGCCGGUGAGAGGAGAGGAGGAACGGCAUCAUGGUGACUGGCUGUUGUUAAACCUUCUAAACUGAAGCCGAGCUGCAGAGGGAGAAGGCGCGUCAUUCCAGGAGGACUGCGUUCAGAUGGUUCCAAACAAGUGGACCAUGAAUUCAGCUCUGCACAAAUCGCCCCCAAGGAGCUGGCUUGGACUGAGACUGCGACUGAGUUAGCUAAACACUCCGCCUGCUCUCCGGACCGUUCUUCAGGACAUUAGGAAAGGGAAUGAUGCAGUGAUGUGUCGGUCGCUAAAGACAGCUCUCGGAGCCGGCUCCCUGUUGGAUUAACCAGAAUGAUAAGCCGGUCCAGGAGGAGGACUGGGUUGUGUGCCAGCACCCUGAGUGUCCAGACCGCCGGAGGGCUUCUAAGGUCUGCCACCAUCCAGACUGCCAGGACCUGAACAACAAGAGUCCCCUUCAUCUGUGUGAGUCAUGUGACUCGCGCUGCCACUCGGAGAGCACGAGCAAUGUGCACUUUGACCGACAUCCUCGAUUCGACUUGCAACCUCAAGCUUCCAUCCUCGCCCGGAACGUGUCCACACGUUCCUGCCCCCCACGCACCAGCCCCCCCUCUGACAUGGAGGAAGAUGAAGAGGGCGAGCGUAAGAUGGCGGGGAUGAUGUUGGGGAAGAAGAAGCCACGGAGACACACCGACCUCGGCACGGAGUGCUUCAGCCUCAAGUUUGACCUCAAUGUGGACAUCAACACAGAGAUCGUCCCUGCAGCGAAGAAGAAAACGCUGAGAGAGGUGUUGGGUCCGGUGUUUGAGAGGAACGGCGUCGACCUGUCCCGCGUCGACCUCUUCCUCGAUCAGUCCAACACACCGCUGUCCCUCCACUUUGAGGCCUAUCGUUUUGGAGGACACUACCUCAAAGUGAAAGCUCGGCCUGGCGAUGAGCUGAAGGUAGAGCAGGGCGUGAAGGACCUGCGGUCUCUGAGCCUGCCCAACAUGAAGCCGUCUGGAGGUCAGAGCCCCUACAUCCUCGCCCCGGCUGCUGAGAAGGUGGCACACGAGUCCCUAACACGCCGCGAGAGCGUCGACCCCCUGGGUCAGGCGCGGCGGAGGAAGAACAUAAUAGAGUUCCUGGGGGAGACCAACAUUCCUACCCAGGACUCUCUGGGACCGCCGGGCGGCUCUCUGCCAAGUGUCGGGACUGGACCUGACAGCUGGAAGAACCGUGCCGCCAGCCGCUUCAGCGUCUUGUUCAGCUCUAACGCUGGAGCAGGACCUUUUGUCAAGGAGGUGGAUCGGCUGGAGCAGCUCCAGAGUAAACUCCACUCCUACUCCACAUUUGGGCUGCCCAAGGUACCGCGACAGAUCACCUUCCACCAGGACUCCUGGGAGGAGGAGGAAGAGGAGGCCAACCUGGCGAUAGAGGAAAGCUGGCAGACGCUGCUGGAUGACCCAGAGUCGCUGACCAAGCGCCAGUUCCACCAGCAGGAGGCAAUAUGGGAGCUCCUGCACACCGAGGCCACCUACAUAAAGAAACUCCGAGUCAUCACUGAUCUGUUCCUUAGUGGGCUUCUGAACCUCCAGGAGAGUGGCCUGCUGACAGAGGUGGAGCCUGCCAAGCUCUUCAGUAACAUCCAGGAGGUAGUCCGCCUCCACACAUCCCUGUGGAACCAGGUCAUGGUUCCCGUCCUGGAGAAAGCCAGGGAGGCGCGAGCUCCGCUCGACCCCACGCACCUCCACGGUGGCUUCAGCACGUUUGGUUCGAGGUUCCAGCCCUACAUCCGUUACUGUAUGGAGGAAGAGAGCUGCAUGGAGCACAUGCGGACGCUUCUCAAGGACAACGAGCUCUUCAGGACAUACGUGACGUGGGCGGAGACCAAAAAGCAGUGCAACCGUCUGAAACUGGCAGACAUGUUGGCAAAGCCUCAUCAGAGACUCACCAAGUAUCCCCUUCUGCUGAAGAGCAUUGCGAAGAAGACGGAUGAGCCAUCAGCCCGCGACAUCGUCAGCAGCAUGGUGGCCACGGUGGAAGACUUCAUCAACAGCGUGGAUUCUCAGAUGCGUCAGCGUCAGGAGCGGCAGAAGCUGGCCACCAUCUCCGCUCGCAUCGACUCCUACGAGGCUGUAGAGGGCAGCAGCGAGGAGGUAGAGAAGAUCCUCAAAGAGUACAACCACUUUGAUCUGAUGGCUCCCAUGAGAGGCACAUCUCCGGAGGAGACCCGACAGCUGCAUCUGGAGGGAGCGCUAAGGAUGAAGGAGGGCAAAGACAGCAGGAUGGAGGUCUACUGCUUCCUGUUCACUGACCUGCUGCUGAUCACCAAACCAGUGAAGCGGGUGGAGAAGGUUAAAAUCGUCCGCCAGCCUCUGCUCAUUCACAACGUUGUCUGUAAGGAGCUCAAAGAUCCCGGCUCGUUUGUGCUCGUCUACCUCAAUGAGUUCAAGAGUGCAGUUGCAGCCUACACGUUUCAAGCCAACAGCGCCACCCAGGGUAGAAGCUGGAUAGAUGCAGUUUGCAAUGUCCAGAAUCAGCUGCAGAAGCUUCACACUCAGGAGAUGCUUCGACAGCAGGACAUUCUUAAACGAUGUCCGGAGGAGGAGGAGGAGGAGGAGGAGGAAGACGAGAGCAGCAACUCUACCGCAAGUUCUCCUGUCCUACGGCGCAAGAAUGAGCAGAACUCCAGCCAAUCAGACGGCUCCACUGAGACCCUGUCUGUGAUGGAUGUUGAUGAGCCGGUCGAGCAGCAGCAGCCUUCAGCCUCCAAGGCAAACCUGGAAGAAAUCACCGAGUGUGCCGCCGCUCUCCACUCUGAGAGCUCUGAGGUCCAACAGUCCACCCGCCGGGGCGACCCGCUCCCCCCUGAGCACGGUCCGGAGGUGUUGGACCCUCAGCGUCGGUCUCUCUCCAUGGACAGCGCCUACGGUACCCUCUCCCCCGAGUCCCUCCUGCGAGAGCUGCAGCUUCAGCCCGUCCACAGUGAAGGAGAGGAGACGGAGGAGGAGGGAUUCCAGGAGGUGGAGCUGAGUGAGACAGGAACAGAGGAGGUGGGAGAGCUGGAGGAGGAACAGGAGUCACGGAGGUCCCAGCUGUCUAAACCUCACCAGCGACCUCCUGUCCAACCAAUACUCCACUGUCUGCAGAAGCUGUCCUCCUUUGCUUUAUCCCGCUCCGAGGACAACUUGCUUCAGUGUUUCCAUGGUGACAGCCCCAUCUCUCACACGCACUCUCUCAGCUCCAACUCUGAGGAGUCCCAGAGCGGGGACACGUCCUCUCUGCCUCACAGCAAGAGCCUAUCGGAGCUGCGGCGAAAUGGCCUGAACCGCUCCGAGGACUGCCUGAGCGCGAGGGUGGCGUCCAACAGACUCCAGGCCGGCCUGAGCCGGGCAGACGCCGUGCGCUGUCGCAGGGUCCCUGACGGACUCUGUGAGGAGCUUGAUGGGGACGCAGCUCCAUCCAGAUUCCCGGAGAGGAAAAACCAGUCGGGGACAAGCGGAGACUCGGGAGAAGUGUCACGUAAAAAAAGGAAAUCUCCAGCCCAGCAGCACAAGAAGCUGACCCUAGCACAGCUGUACAGAAUACGCACCACCCUGGUCCUCAACUCCACGCUGACAGCAUCGGAGGUGUAACUAGUCCUCAGCAGCACAUGGAUGGACUGGGUUUCCAUAGUAACAGAUGCACUCUCUCUCUCGCUCUCCCUUCCUGUUGCUUUCUGGACAUAGAUGAAUAUUUUUUUCCAAACAGUGGGUUUUUAGUUUCUUUGCUUUGGUUUUGGAAUUCCUCAAAAGAAAAGGGAGAGUCCGAGAGACAUCCUUGCACUUUGCAACAGAAGUAGCAUUAUGGGGGGUUGGGAACGCUGCAGAGGGGAGGAGGAGCGUCCAGGUGGAGGUCUGACAGCCUCAUCCCUACACUCAACAUGGGUGGAGCUUCAGUCCUGAGACAGAGAUGGACACCCAAUCUUGAAACUGAUCGUGGCUUAAAAGAAAGAAAAGGAAGCGGCAGUGACUUCCUCCUGAGGCUACUACUGCGGCAGCAAAAAAAAAUAGUUGCACACUUUUCCUUUUGAAGAAUCACUUCAGAGAAUGGGUGUGUGUGGGUGUGUGUGUGUGUGUGUGUGUGGGUGGGUGUGUGUGUGGGUGUGUGCAGGAGAGAAUGAAUAUGUGAUUUUUGACUGAACCAAAACUCUCCUGUGAAUUAGCAAAUGCAUCCAGACAUUUUUGAGAAGUGAAAGAGGACUAAAUCAGCGGUCCAGAUCAGCCAAUCACAUUUCAGCCCACCAGACUUCCUUAUUUAUUUGAAUAAUAAGUGGAAUUAAUGACUAGACCUGCGUGACUGAAACAGUUCAUGUAUUUUCAGCACUAUUGUGGGAUCAAGGAGAGCCACAGAAAGUCUCACCUGCACGUGUUUCUUUCUGGAUUCAGGAGCUUGAAGGUGAAGUUUGGGGUGGAUUUUCUCUAACGAUUGUCUCUGCAGAGAUUUAGCUGAACAACUUUCUCCGGGAGAUCAAAGAAAGCUUUCCAGGUGAAAAAUGAUUCGCCGUACUCCAAAUGUAGCCCAAACCAAUAAUUUAACUCGGUUUACUUUUAGUUUUUGUGUUUAUGUGUAAUAUUUAUUACGCCUGCUUUGUUUUAUAUGAUUUGUUGAUACUGUUUGCUUUUCUGAUUUGUAAAUGUUUUGGUUUUUUGUUAAUAUUUUUGUGUCUUGUCAGACAUUAAUGUGCUAUGAACCAUAAUCGUGUCUCCUCUUUCAGGACUGUCUUUGAAGUGUCUUGCAGAAUAAUAAAACUGAUGCUAAAACACUUCAGAA